GCCUACUUGGCCUGCCUGCGAUGCGGUACCAACACCGCACGAAGUGUGUACAGAUUCCCAGUUAGACAGCAGGAGGGACCUGGGAGCGGCCAGGGGGAUGUUUUAUCUCUAAGAGACCAAGAGCUCAGGCAGGGCUUCUGUGCCCUGCUUCCUCCCUGGCUUGAGCUGGAUCCUGGACCAGCUGCUGACCUCCUGUUCACUCUGGCACUGCCCUCACGUCUCCGUCAUGACCCAUCUGCUCACAGUGUUCCUGGUGGCCCUGAUGGGCCUGCCUGUGGCCCAGGCUCUGGAGUGCCACGUGUGUGCCUACAAUGGAGACAACUGCUUCAAACCCAUGCGCUGCCCAGCCAUGGCCACCUACUGUAUGACCACACGAACUUACUUCACCCCAUACCGGAUGAAGGUGAGGAAGUCCUGUGUCCCCAGCUGCUUUGAAACCGUGUACGAUGGCUAUUCCAAGCAUGCAUCUGCCACCUCCUGUUGCCAGUACUACCUCUGCAACGGUGCUGGCUUUGCUACCCCGGUGACCUUGGCCCUGGUCCCAGCACUCCUAGCUACCUUCUGGAGCUUGCUGUAAAGCUCGGUUCCCCAAGCCAGAUCCACUCAAACGCAACACUCUCAAAAAACACAGUUUCCCUCUCUCUCCCAAUUCACUCCACCCAACGCUCUUCCUUCUGACACUCCUCAACUACCACGAGGUCCCAUGGCUACCUACGAAAGAACUGAUGGCAUCCAGAUACCUCACUCCAAGGUCAUUUUCAGAAGGCUGACAUGUGGACCUGUAAUGUGCCCACCCAUGGGUGGGGCAGGCUGGGCUUCUCCUCUACCCAAGAUCAGGGGCAUCUGGGAGAAUGUUUAUGGAGGAGGGGUCAUCACUCAAGUCAAGGAGCACUGAUUUGAUAGAAUUAGUAGCCAAACUCCACCUUCAGAACCCUGCCUCAGUCUACCCAGUAGAGGAUGGGUCUGCUAGAGGUGAGGGGAGGAGAGCGGCGGAGAAUAACGAGCUGGCUAGAAGCAGAGAAAGACUCAGCAGGGCUGUCUCCGAAGAUCAGCGCGGCUUGCCAGAGCAAAUGUGAUGUGGAAGCCAUGUGAGGAAGCCCUUUGUCAUUUCCACUUAUCUGAGGAACUCUGCCAGACCUGAUGUUGGGAUAGCCAUUGGCCAAGGGUUCCUAGCAACGGCGUCAUUUCCAUAGGCCACUGAAAUCCCUCCAGCCCCAGCUCAGCAGGCCCCUUGACCUCCACUACAGUCCUUCAUUCACACACCAGCUGCUGGGCCUUGAAGUUGGCAGGGACUUGGGAGCAGGUGACCCAUGCUAUUUUUUGUCUGGCCUGUUAUUCUGGGCAUGGCAAGAAGGGAUCAGACGCAGGUCAGAGCAGGGCAGUAGGGCGACUGAGACAGGGAAACAGACUUCAGCCAGUGGCUUCCCAGGUCCCGUAGGCAGCUCCUACAUCCUUCAGUCUCUUGUUACAUUCCCGGGAGACAAAUAUACAGGGAGCCAAGCCGAGUGCUAGGUGAUGACUGCCUGUGAAGUCUAUUGUGGCCACAGACUGCUGGGUACCAAGUCUCAGGAGAACCCAGCCUAGAUUUAGGAGACACAGAUCUGCCUUUCAUGCAGUGUAGCUGUCCUUGGGAGCCUUACCAUGCUCUCUAACUAGUACCUCAACUCACAUGUCACUGAGGAACCCCCUAACACUGGCCCAGCCCAGGGGUCGGGAUGCUGGCCAAUGUCCAUGGAGUGGGACUACCCAUGGAGAGUCCUUGGGUCAUCACAUCACAAAUGUUUUAUUCCAACCUCCCAGUGGUGAGAGCUCGGGACACAAAGGUCCAUCCUGGGGACCUUCUUCCUGGUUCUAGGCAGACCUGAACUCUGUCUGCUGCUAGAGCUGAUGUGGUUUUCCGCCUCAGUUUCCUCCUCCGGGGAUAGGCCACCGGAGGAUUUGGGAGGGUGGGGAGGGCAUCCUGCUGAUGGGCUCGCCGAGGUUCUCAGGAACAGGAACGGGCGGGGCUUUAGUACACAGGUGAGUUGGGUGGGAACUGGCCCGGAGCUGAGGAGACACUGACUGGGCAGAGGGAAGAUGAGUCUCAAGGGAGGGCAGGAAAAGGGAGGGGGAGCGCGCAUGCACAUGUGCACUCAGUGCAGGCUACAGAGCCCAAAAGGCAGCACUGGCUGUGGUGUCCCCUGAGGCCCAGGCAAGAUGCUAGGAGGAAGCCAAUGCUGCCCCCACCUGAGCUCACAUGGAACAUGCACACCACCAGCAGCAGCAGCAAGCAUUGAGACUGACCUGUGGACGCCAUAGGGCACUGGCAAGGAGGGUCAGAGGCGGGUCCCUGACUCAGUGGGUGAGGCCCGGGAAACAUUAUCCUGUUACCCUGCGUGUGCAAGAUCAUUGUCCCCAGCUAGAUGGCGUCCUCAACCAAAACUGAGAGGAGCCCCAGUUCAGGUCCUCCCUCCUACCACAAGGGGGUGGUGUGGAGGAGGCUUGAUUGCCCUUGGAGAAGCACCGGUACUGCAGAGCUGGGGGCCAGCUUCUUUCAUCUGUGUCUAGACACCGACCAGAUAGGCCCCACAGUGGCAACACUGCCACACAGCCCUACAAGAAGCCCUGUGCCUAGCUAGCACAGAGCCCCAAAAGGUGCUCAAUUAAUACAGGGCCAAGCCUGCCAGUGGGGGGGAUGCAGAUUAGGGGAACAGACCCAGAUGGCCUGUCCUGAACCCUGUCUGGGGUGGUGUGAUGAGCAUCUGUCUAGCCCACUGCAGGUGGCUCUACACACUCCACAACAGUUCUGCAAAAGUGUAUGAGGUGGUCAUUACUGCGCCCCUCUCACAGGUAAAGGCACUGAGGCACGGAGGAGUGAGGCACUUCAUUUUCCUGGGCCAUUCAACUUUCCAGGACCAACACAUUCAACUAUGGGUACUACUCCAAUAGCUGGGGUUCUUUGAGGCUGGGCCCCCUGAAGAUGAUAGUGGCUUCAUCAACCAGAGAAUUUCAGAGUGCAGUGUUGUAGGAGCCUAUGAACCUGAAAUGUCAGAACUGGAGGUUUGAGGGGCUGAGGGGUAGGCCAGGGGUGUCUGGCCCCUUGUGUGGAGACAGAGAGAGAGGGAACAUGGGAUGGGGUAGUAGAGAGAAGUGCAAAGGAGCGUCAGCCUUUCUCAGGGCUAAUGCUGUCAGGGACGAGGGCUCAAGCCUGUGAGUGUUCUCACACUGUGAUAAACAGUGGCCCCUCAACACAGACGGUGUCCAGAGUGGCCGGCAGUGGUUAUCUAGAGUUGCAAUCUGGAAGCCUCUUGGUAGUCACUGGAGAGAGGCCGCUUGAUGGGACAGCACCAAAUGUGUGUGCUUCUGUGGGAUGUGAGGAAGCUGGGUCAGCGCAUGAAGCCAAAGCGUCCUUCAGAGCAGAGGGGUGGCUGGUCUAGUCCACCAGAGACAAGCUAUCCAGUGAGAGUCAUACUCUGCCACCGUCUCUGUGAUUACCUUACCCCAAAGCAGACGGGGACGGGAUGCAGAGCACCCGUGUCUUCAUCUUCUGCGGCAAGCACGUGAGUUCACAUUCUGAAACUCUAGAAAGAUUUCCAGGAGUGGGGUGUGCCUUUGCUUUGGUGCAUGGUUACUUCCUGGCAAGCACCGUGGCAUCCCGCAGCACUGAGUGACCUGGGCUCCUCAAGCCAUCUCAUUGGUGAAAUGACAGUGCCAGUACCCUCUCAGCUGGCUCUUGGAGGCCUGUGCAUGGGGUCUGCACAGAGGAGGCCCCCAAACUAUGCAUGGACGGACACGUGAUGCCUAGCACUUCCCUUGGUUGUGUCUCUGCCAACCCCAGGCUCUCACCCAGCAAGGAAAUGAAAUCCACUUUUAUGACACAUCUCCCUCCCCCAGCCAGCUCCAUUCACCUAUAUGCCAGGGUGGUCCCUUUCAAUGUCUGUCCCCCAUUGGAUGAAUAAACAAGCGAAGGACA